AUGGAAGAACAGGUUCUAGUUGAGAUCGGUGGUACAUAUGAGUUGGUAGACAGGAAUCAUCUUAUCACUCCCGAGACAGUUGAAUCCGACUCGAAGGAAGAAAAUGAAGAAGAAAAAGAAGAAAUCGAAAGAGAGGCCUCACCAGAACAGUUGACAUCCACAUCAGACGGCGAAGCUUCAAGUGAGCAGUCACCAUCUCCUAAACAGGAGGUCACACGUGCAACAUCGCAGCCUGAAGAAAAUGUAGCUUUAACACGUGCAACCUCGUUGGAGCAGACCCCUCGGCCUGCGUCAGUCCAGUCUCUCAGAUCCUCCUCCCAGCCUUUAUUACACACUAAACAGUACAAACAGUACGAGCGAACAUCGACCCCCAAAAGGCAACCCAAACGACCCAUGUCUGCACGUCCAGCUUCAAGUAAAGUCAUAAGGAAACCUCAUCAAAUCGAUCAAGAAGCCAUUCAACGACGAGAAAUGGCAGAUGUGGCUUUUGAACAUUGGAAGAAGCAAAAAGACAAAGAGCUCGUCAGAAAGAAACGCGAAACUCGCAAGAAAGAAGAAUACGAGAAGAAUGGUUCAAACAAUCACAAGCAGAUUGUCGAAAAACCAGGACCGUUUGAUGCGUGGUUAGAGAACAAGACACGACAACGCGCACAGCAGAAAGAAGUGGACAAGUUGCGAGCUCAGAUAAUAACUUCAGAGCUUCUGUCUGUAGAUUACUCUGAGAGUGAGCUCGCUUAUGAGAGGUGGUUAAAACAGAAGAAUCAAAGUAAGCGAGCUGAGAGCCGGGAGAAAGUAAAGAAGAGGCAGGAAGAUAGGGAGGAGAUGAAAACCGUCCUUAACAAUAUUAAAACAAGGUGGAGGAUAGACUACAACAAGAGCAGAUACUUGCACCCCAACAAUAUACGGGGUUGGGAUGAUACCCCUGUUUACUCUAAUGGACCUCCAGUGUUGCCAUGGUAACUCAUCUUAUCUUCUCCGAAAAUGUGUGAUACAUACAGAAUGUGAUACAUAUUACUAGUUACCAUGACUGCAAAGUAGAAAUAUGUGUUUAUUAAGGUUAUAAUAUAUUUGUGACGAAAUCAAUGCGAUUGUAAUUUAUAUAUUAAGAUAGGAAAGUUAGAUUUGAUGCUUGGUGAGCUUGGAAGGACUGCAGAUUAUUUUGAAUAAAUUGUUUUUUAAAUGUAAUUAGAAUGUACAUAUUAUUAUGAUUCGUGUGUGAUUUGAUAACGAUAAUGGCCGGCUGUGAUUACCAGAUGACAUUAAUUAAUUAGUUCAGAGUAUUGCUGUAGUAUUACAGUAUAACAGAAUAUCACAUAUUAUUGUAAUUUAUUUCAUGAUAA